AAUGAUAGUCUAAUAAAAAAAACUCUUAAAUAAAUUGAAUAAAAAAGUGAAUACACUUUAUAAAAAAGUAUAGACAGUGAAUAUAGAAAUAAUAAUUCUGCUGUUGUGAAGAAAUUAUUAAAAUGUCUGGGACAAUAUUGGAGAAUCUGAGUGGACGCAAGUUAUCCAUAUUGGUGGCAUUAUUGUUGCUUUGUCAAGUGGCUUGUUUCUUGUUGGGUGGUCUUUUUGCGCCAGUACCGGCCGGUCAUCAAAACAUCUUGGGCAUGGUAUGUCGAGAUCAAAAGGAGCGACAAAAUGAUACAUCGUUAUGGUUGUAUUCACGUGGUGCCGGACAAUGUUCAUCCAUAUCGCAAGAAGAAAUCGAAAAUCAUGAUACCAAAAUGGCCAAUGGAAUAGUUUAUUUGUUUCAGAUGCCAUUGCCAAGAGAUGGCAAACAAUUAGAUUAUUCCAGAUGGCAGCAAAAUUUAAUUGGAGUCUUACAAGUCGAUUUGGCAUAUGUUUCGGAUGGCAACCUAAUGGAACCACCCAAAGAUCUACAGUUGACCAUUGAUACACGUUUAGCCUAUCGCAAUAAGGAAGAUGCUCCCAGUGAUUGGAAACUAUAUGCUCAUUCCAUAGAACAGCGCUAUUUAGAUUGUCAUCCAGUGCACAAAAGUCAACAAGAAACAUUGUAUUCUUGUGAAAUGAUUCCCCUAUUUGAAUUGGGCUCUCUUCAUCAUGACUAUUAUCUGCUAAAUCUACGAUUUCCCAUAGAUACAGACAUGAAGAUGAAUUUGAACAUUGGCCAUAUGCAUGACUUGACGCUAACUGCCAUUUAUCAAAAUGGUGGUUUUACCAAGGUGUGGCUGUCGUUGAAAACCAUUCUCUUUCCCUUCAUUGUUGCUAUUAUGAUUUGGUUUUGGCGCCGUGUCCACAUACUACAGCGCUCGCCAGCUCUUUUGGAAUAUAUGCUAAUUUAUUUGGGCGGAGCAUUGACAUUUUUAAAUCUUCCCCUAGAAUUUCUAACAUUGAGCAUGGAAAUGCCUUAUAUGCUAUUACUCAGUGAUGUUCGUCAAGGUAUAUUCUACGCCAUGUUAUUGUCGUUUUGGUUGGUAUUCGCGGGAGAGCAUAUGCUAAUACAAGAAUCUCCACAAAAGAAUUCAAUACGUUCACGCUAUUGGAAACAUUUGUCUGCCGUUGUUGUGGGUUGUCUGUCUUUGUUUAUAUUCGAUAUAUGUGAGAGAGGUGUUCAAUUGCGCAAUCCCUUCUAUUCGAUUUGGACAACACCGCUGGGAGCUAAAGUCGCCUUAAGUUUUAUAAUAUUGGCGGGCAUUUCGGCCGGUGUUUAUUUCCUCUUCCUGUGCUUUAUGGUGGGCAAGGUAUUUCGGAAUAUUGGUGCUAAAAGAACAUCAUUACCCUCUAUGUCGCAAGCUAGGCGUUUACAUUAUGAAGGUCUGAUUUAUCGUUUCAAAUUUCUCAUGCUAGCCACUUUAUUAUGUGCUGCUCUAACCGUUGUCGGUUUCAUUAUGGGUCAAGUGGCAGAAGGUCACUGGAAGUGGGACGAGGAUAUCGAAAUACAAUUGACUUCAGCAUUUUUGACCGGUGUCUAUGGCAUGUGGAAUAUAUAUAUUUUUGCGUUGUUAAUUUUAUACGCACCCAGUCACAAACAGUGGCCUUGUGUCAAUUCAAAUGAAACCUCACAGUCAAACGAGAAUAUUGUAGCUGCAGCCGCUAAUGAGGAAAUUGAAUUUAAUAAUUUGCCGUCGGAUUCAAAUCCCAGUGAAAUUUCAUCUCUAACAUCAUUUACACGUAAAGUAGCUUUUGAUUAAAGUGGUAAAACAAAAUAAUAAUUACGCAUUAACAUUUAUUUACUAAGCAGUUUAAAUUCAACUAUUAGAU